AAUUUUUUAUCUUCUAGACAAUAAUCAACGCAGCCUAGCUGCCCAGACAUAUCUGUGACUUUUGGUCCUGUCUGUAAGACAGAUCGACCUCGCGGCAGGAUGUGGUGGGGAGACACCAUCCUAAUCUUCUCUUCCCUUGACAAGACUGCAGACCCUCUACCCCCAGGAGACAGACUGUGCACAAGGUGGUAGGAGGGCUCUGCCAAGCACCAUCGCACACCAGAGGGAAAAAACUCCACAGUGUGGGUGGGUCCCCAUCACGCUCCGUUAUAGGCCUGAGGUCGCUUUGGUUGUACAAAUAAGGGAAAUUGAGGCCCGUUGAGGACAUGGACUCUGGCCCAGAUCCAAUCAGUGACAACAACUGGCACUGGGAAGAAUGCAGUUAACCAAAGUGAGGACUUGGUAACGCUCCAUGUGGGCCCGUGGUGCCCACUCCAGUCCGUGGUUGGCGGGAAAGCUGAGGUCGCGGAACCUGCGUGGGAGACCCCACGCUUGGGUGAGCCAGCGGGGGUCCCGCGGGCUGGCCCCAGCCCGCCACAGGCCGCGCCCCACGCGGGGCCCCCGCCCGCUCCCCUUCCCCUCCCCCGGCGGGAGGAGGAGACUGGGCGGCCCUCCCCCGGCCUCCCGACGGCCGCCGCAGCCAGCCCCGCGCCCUCUCCACCCUGCGCGGCAUCUCGGACGUCCGGAAUCCCGGCCCCGGCCCGAGGUCUGAAGAGGCGCCCCAGACGGGUAUCCUAGAGAGCAGUGGGUCGCGGCGUCCAUCAUACACAGUGGUACCAUGUAGGUCUCUGGUCCCCGGCGUCGUCCUUGAGCCUAGGCGAGUUCGCACCCAGGGCCCGCCCAGCCUCACUAUGAGCCACGGCCCGAGCCCGCGGCUGGCCGAGUCCCCGCAGCUGUCCAAGAGCAGCCUGCUUACCAUCCUGGGCAGCCCGUCCCCGGAUCGCAUGGGCCCGGCCGACUCGCUGCCACCCACGCCGCCCAGCGGCACGCCGUCACCGGGGCCGCCACCCGCGCUCCCCCUGCCCGCGCCUGCCCUGCUGGCCGACGGCGACUGGGAGAGUCGCGAGGAGCUGCGGCUGCGGGAGCUGGAGGAGGCGCGCGCGCGAGCCGCGCAGAUGGAGAAGACGAUGCGCUGGUGGUCCGACUGCACGGCCAACUGGCGCGAGAAGUGGAGCAAGGUGCGCGCCGAGCGCAACCGUGCGCGCGAGGAGGUGCGCCAGCUGCGCCAGCGUCUGGACACCCUCACCAAGGAGUUGGCGGGCGCGCGCCGCGAGCGCCAGGAGGCUCAGGGCGAGUGCGAGGCGCGCGGCCGCGAGCUGGCCCGGCUGCGGGGAGCGCAUGGCCCGGUGGACAAGACGCAGGACGACGGCCCGGAUCCUGAGCGCGAGCAUGAGCCUGUGCGUGACGUCGGGGCGGAGAGGCCGCCUGGUAGCCAGGAGCUGGACCUGGUAGAGAGCCUGCUGAAGAGCAGACCAGAGGAGCCUGAGGGCUGCUGGGACGCCUGCAGUGUGGCAGCUGGCGGCUCUCGGUCCAGCUCAGGCCGCCAGGAUCGCAACCGCCUGCCCUGGGAGGACACAGCCAGUACAGAGGAGGAUGCCUCCAAGCUGACUGCCCUGCGGCUACGGCUGGACGAAUCUCAGAAGGUGCUGCUCAAGGAAAGAGAGGACAAACUGGCUCUGAGCAGGAGCAUCGAGAAGCUGGAGGGGGAGCUCAGCCAGUGGAAGAUUAAAUACGAGGAGCUGAGCAAGACCAAGCAGGAGAUGCUCAAGCAACUCAGCAUCCUAAAGGAAACCCACCAGGAUGAAUUGGGCCGCAUGUCUGAAGACCUGGAGGAUGAGCUGGGCGCGCGCUCUAGCAUGGAUCGCAAGAUGGCUGAGCUGAGGGGUGAGAUGGAAAGGCUUCAGGCAGAGAAUGCAGCCGAGUGGGGCCGCAGAGAGAGGCUGGAGACGGAAAAGCUGGGUCUGGAGAGGGAGAACAAGAAACUCCGGGCACAGGUUGGGGACCUGGAGGAGGCCCUGGCCCGCAGACGGCGCCAGAACGCCAGUGCCCUGGACUGCGACCUGAGGGCCAGCCAGGCCGCUCUCUUUGAGAAGAACAAGGAGCUGGCAGAUCUGAAACACUUGCAUGGCAAGCUCAAGAAGCAGUUUCAGGAGAAGGUGGCAGAGCUGGCACAUGCCAAUCGGCGUGUGGAGCAGCACGAGACGGAGGUAAAGAAGCUGCGGCUGCGGGUGGAAGAACUCAAGAAAGAGCUCGCCCAGGCUGAGGAUGAGCUGGAUGAGGCCCACAACCAGGCCCGGAAGCUACAGCGGUCCCUGGAUGAGCAGACAGAGCUGAGCGAGAACCUCCAGGUGCAGCUGGAGCACCUGCAGUCCAGGCUCCGCAGGCAGCAGCAGAACGCCCCCCUUUUUGGGAAGAUCCGUAGUACCCGAUUUGGCACCGAGGAAGCUGGAGAUGGAGCCAGCGACCUAGAUGAGGACGAGGACCUGCAGAUCCAGGUGGCCUAGAGCAGUCGACUCAAACCAUUCGAAUUGUGCAGCCGUCCAUGCUUUCUUCACUCCUUGGGUCCCGUCCCCUGCUGCACCACUUCCUCCCCUCCCAGGAAGGCAGUGAUCUCACCUACUCACACCGCACUGAUGGGGAGCCUGUUGGAUAUGUAUAUUGUAUAUAUGCCCAGGAUUGCCUGGACCAUUGGAUUUUAUAAACACAGGACAGCCAUCACCCAGGACUUAAGACCCCACCUGCGUAGGACUUUAUGGACCAUGUUGAGGGAGGCAUGGUGGUCUGGCAGGGGCUAUUCAUAAUAAGAUACCAUGAUCUCAGACUUUUGUAAUAAAUGGAGUUCAAGCUCU